AUGUCCGCGCAGGCGUACGACGCGAGCACCCUCGGCGCGCUCGCGCUGUCCGUGUCCUCGUCCGUCUCCAUCGUCAUCGUGAACAAGUACCUGAUCUCGAGCCUCGGGUAUCGAUACGUCACGUUCCUGACCUCGAUCCACCUCUUGGUGACCGCGGUGUUUCUUCGACUCGCCGCGCGCGCGGGGUGGCUCGAGCCGAAAGCGAUCGAACGGAGAGCGCUGCUGCAGUUCAGCGUCGUCAACGGCGUCAGCAUCGGGUUCUUGAACCUCUCGCUCGGGUACAACUCCGUGGGGUUCUACCAGAUGACGAAGCUCGCGAUCAUCCCGUGCACGGUCGCGAUUCAGCAGACGUUCUACCAGAAGCAGUUCAGCGCGCGCAUCAAGCUCGCGCUCGCCGUCUUGCUCCUCGGCGUCGGCAUCGCGACGGUCACGGACCUCGAGCUCAACUUCCUCGGGAGCCAGCUCAGCGCCGCGGCGGUCGUCACGACGUGCGUGUCGCAGAUAUGGACGGGCACGAUGCAGAAGAACUACUCGGUGUCGUCGACGCAGCUCCUCUUCGCCGCCGCGCCGUACAUGGCGCUGACGCUUGGCGCGGUCGCGGUGCCUCUGGACAGCGCGUUGACGGGCGGGACGCCGUUCGAGUUCGAAUACACGCCCGCGGUGGUCUUCACCGCGUUCCUCACGUGCGUGAUCGCCAUCGCGGUCAACUUCAGCACGUUCUUGGUCAUCGGCAAGUGCGACGCGGUGACGUACCAGGUGUUGGGGCAUCUCAAGACGAUGCUGGCGCGUCCCAUCUCACGCCGGUCCCCGUACGACCGCGUGCUGGGCUUCGGGUUCACGGUGCUCGCCGCCCCCGCGAGUUUUCGAAACUUGUUCGGGAUCUUCGUCGCGUUGUGCGGGAUGGUGACGUACGGCGUCGUGGAGUUGGAGGAGAAGAAGCGCGCGGCGGAGCUCGCGCCGGCGUCGAGCGUUGGGAAGUGA